UAAAUUGCGUAUGUCCGCAUGGUUUUUGAUUGGAUCUUGUCCUCGGAGGGACGUACACACUGAAACAGUCUUCUGACCAAGGCUUUUGACACAGCUUCUGUGACAGGCUUUUCCUGGGAAUGACGUAAACAUCCAAACAGGAUCUGUGCCAGGCUAUAUAAGCCGCCCUAGCUCCACAUCUAGUCUAUCAACUCCAGGAAACAACAUGGCCGUAUCUAGCUACACUUUGGCAAUUCCGUUGCUCGCUGCGGUGGUUUCCGCAAAUUUCCCAACACAACAACCUACUUCUUGUGCCGCAGUCUUUUGUGGACAAGGAACUGUUUGCAGGGAAGAGACUUAUGUUUGCGUAACGACGCCAUGUCCAGGACGAGUUGCACGUUGUGUUCCAAUCACUACUAAGAAACCAGGAUCAUGUCCAGUGCAGGACCCGGGCCUUGGUGGUAUCUGUGUAUCGCUAUGCUCUACUGAUGCUGACUGUAAUGGGCACCUGAAGUGUUGUGGAGGCUGCCCCAGAGAAUGUACUCGUCCGGCCCCUCCUAUAGUCAAACCAGACAUCUGUCCCAAGAGUCCAACCCCAAACUGGUAUCAGCGAGGCAACUGUCCCCUAUCACACAAGUGCAGGAACGACUCUGACUGUGGCCGUAACUCAAAGUGUUGUGGAACUUGCCCACGGAAAUGUGCCAAUCUCACCAGAGGAUGAAGAAUAAACUUAAUGCAAUCCCCUACUGGUACCGGCGGGGCUAUGUCUCAAACGACACCAGUGCAGGAAGGACUUUGACUGUAGCGGCAAAUCAAAGUGUUAUGAAUCCUGCCCACGAAAAUGUGUCAGUCCUUACCCUCAUCUCACCAUGGGACCAAGAGCUCUAAAAUAAACUUAAUGCAAUCAGGUAAUUGAUGUGA